AUGUAAAUUAGAAGAUCAUUAAUUCAAAAAAAAGACUUAAGAAAUGACUUCAAAAAGUAGGAAUAAAAUCUACCAGAUUUAUCAGAUAAAUUUAGAAAGAUCUUUGAAAUUUGUGGAGAUGAUAUUAUUUCUUAUCUCAAUAAAAAAGAAUAAAUGCAAUUACGAUCAGGUUGAAUAUAAUUAUAUUUAAAGUUUGUAGAAUUUCAUUUUAUAUGGUAUAAAGUUAUUAAGUAUGGAAUAUGAUGAUAUUUGAUAGUGAUCAAAUUAGUCAAGCUACUACAAAUGAUUCAAAUAUGAAAGAAAGCUUUUUGAAAAACUCAUUUUAUUCAAAAGUUGGAAAAUCACGUCCAUCUACUUAAGAAACAAUAUAAAAAGAAUAAUGGUUAAUUAAACCUGUUAAUUAUAAUCCACCUUAAAAAAAGUUAGUAUUUUUAAAAAAUAAAAACAAGAUUGAAGACAAUAUCCUUGUAUUUUGUUAAAUUUAAAAUAGUCUGAUGAAGAUCUUAAAUAAACUAUCACAGUUUGGACUCUUAAUUUAAAUAGUCUUGAAAAAUAAAUAAAUAUUGCAAAAAUAUAGACUGACAGUUUUAUUUAGGAAAUUACAUUAUGGGCAGAUCAUAUUAACUUAUUAUAAGAAUUUAAAAAAGAGUAUUAACUUGAACAUGUUGGAAAGAUACUAUAAUUAUUGAAAUAAAAAUCCAUCUUAGAUGUAAGUUUGGAUAGAAAAAGAAAAAUAUUAUAAGAUAUUUUAAAUUCAUUAUUAAAUGAUUUUGAAUUAAAACAACAAUAUUCUAUUGAAAUACAGAUAUUAAAACCUAUUUGUUAAAGAUUAUUAUAAGUUAAAUUAGCUGAUUUUUAAUAAGAGAUUCCAAAUCAAUUAUGGCCUAAAAUAGAUUAAAUUUAGAAUUGCUUUGAUAAAAUUUUUAAUAUAAGAAAAGAGUUCUUUUUUAUGAAAUUGUUUUAGAUAACUUAAAAAAUAUUUUCUAUUAAUUUAAGUUGGAUAGUUGAUUUUUCAAACUAUGAAUUAACUCUUAAUUUAUUAGAAUAAUUUCAAUAAUUUUUAAUUUAAUUAGUAAUUGUUAAUUUAUUAUAAUUAGAUAUAAAGACAUUCUUUUGGAGAAAAGAAAUUUAAUUAAAAUUAAUUAUAACAUUCAUAAAAUGAACUUUAUUUUUAGAAUUAUAAAAAGUCUAUUGAUGAUAUAAUGAAAAUGCUAAAACUUAAUAAAAAGCUUUAUGAUACUUAAAAGGAAAAUCUAUAAGUAUAAGCCUUAUUAUAGAGUUACAAAUAAUAAACUUUUGAUUAGUUUCAAGAAAAGUAAUAAUGGGCUUAAAUUUAUGUAAAAUUAUAUUAAAAUUAUAGAAAACUUGGAAAGAGAAAUAUUAAAACAUAAAGAAAUAAUCAUAAGAUGAACCAGAAUCAUAGGAAGGAAUAAGCUUUGGAUUUUUUUAAACUAAAAUGAGUUGGAGUAUAUAAUGA